UAGGAAGUGUAAGUACGUGUACCAACAUGUUAGAGACUGUAUCUCUUGACGGCCCUGCGUGCAUUGCCACCUUAGUCACAAAGGGAAUCGAGUAGGGGCGGAGGGCUGAGCCGUUACCUGUUCGCCCUUGAGCGUAUUUUCACCUGGCUGUUGUCUUGGUCAGACCAAUGACUAUUGGCGAGGGAGGGCUGGUUAUGUCGGCGUGACCCUCCAGUGAACCGCGUCUAUAACCCACAGAGUGGAUUUUAAUUAAUAAUGGAUUAGUGUUGGUGUUGGAGAUAUUGUAUAUAGGUGAUAUGUUUACAUGACUAUCCUGGAUCCAAUAUAACCAAUUGAGGAUCGAGGGAUCUCAAGAAUCCGAAGAGUUUGCAAAACGACGCUUUGGCUAUUAGCAGAUAUCGUGGAAUAAAUAAGUGGAACCAUGUUUCGGGACCUCAACAGAGUUCAUCCUGCGCGCAGGAUAAAUGUGGAAAGCCCUGCUACACAGGAUUAUUACGGUACAAAUGAGGCCCCCAUGAUAUACGGCACGGGAAAGUCGGGCUAUGACAGCCCGCAGAUUUCCUGGCCUCAGCCCACGGAAACCGAGGGCAGGUUCAAGAAAACCGCGCCUUUAUCUGUCAGACGAAAACUUAUAGAUGGUCCUGUCAAGAAAGUGUCAGGAUGUCAAGCUUGCAAACUUCAAGUCAAAAGGAGCUGGAAGAAGUUCAAGAUCGCGUGCAAUGAGCUCGGUUACAAGCUUACACUUUUCCACGACAGCUUUAAGGCAAUUGAAGGUUAUCAAGGCGGUGGAGUUCUCUCCUACUUCGUGUUUCUCAAAUGGCUGCUGAAACUCAACUUUUACAUCUUCCUCCUGAUGUUUCUGUUCACCACCCUACCGGACGUUAUAUUCCCAGAGUUGGAUUACUCGUCCUCUGUGACCGGAAGUAGCACUGGAACAGCCAAUCAAAACCUGUCGAUCACAUGUUCGGCGUUGUAUACCGUCACCACGUCAGUGUGGGCUGUGGACAACGUUCAGGAUUUCCUACAAGGCACGGGCUGGAUGGAAAAGACAGAGAUGUUUUUCGGAGACUAUGCCAGCACGGAACUCUCUAUCGGCACCACGUCUGACGGAACCUUCAAUUACAACAUGCCAUUAGCCUUUCUCACGGUUACUGUUGUCUGCUUCCUGCUUAGCCUUGUGUUAAUGGCUGUACACACAGGAGGUGCUUUAAAGGAAACCCUAUUUGUCAGCGGUGGAAAGUCUUACAACAACCACAACACAGUGUAUAGCGGUUGGGACUACAGUCUGUCGGAUGCGGCAGGGGUCGGUUACAGACACAGCAGUCUUUAUAACGAGAUCAUGGCUAACAUUGCAGAUGCUGAAUACAACCAGCAGCGGACUGAGCACACGGCGUGUAGUAAAUGUAAACUCUACACACUACGGGUAAUUGUCAACCUGAUCGUACUGGCAAUCCUUGGAGGGGGAGGAUACCUGAUUUACUACGUCACCAGUUUUACCACAGAGUUUACCAAAAGUAGUUCGUACACUAGCGCUGAUCGAUUCGUACAACUCUUGGUAGAGUUUUUACCGUCGCUGACGAUUACCGGGUUGAACGUAGUCUGCCCGAUCCUGUUUGGUAUCCUCGUCAAACUGGAGUCCUAUACCCGCGGUGUGGAAAUACAGCUUAUGCUUAUCAGGGUGGUGUUUUUAAAGAUGGCAUCCCUUGCAAUGCUGGUAGCCACGCUCUACGCGGAGAUCACCUGCACACCGAAGGAUAGCUGUCUGGUGGGGACAUCGCCAUGCACGUCAUUGAAGUGCUGGGAAACUUACGCUGGUCAGCAGUUCUACAAACUGGUCAUCACUGACUUCCUGGUUGCAUUUGUCUCAACGUUCUUUGUGGAAUUUCCCAGAAAGCUAAUUGUCACCAAAUGUCAGUGUUGCUUGAGUCGAUUAAUUGGUCGUCAGGAAUACGACAUUCCCAAGAAUGUCCUGGAUCUUGUCAACUCUCAGAUGUUACUCUGGAUUGGGUUCUUUUUCGCUCCCUUGAUCCCGGCAGUGAUUGUGAUAAAACUUUUUAUUACGUUUUAUUUGAAAAAGUUUUCCGCCCUCGUUAACUGCAUCCCGCCGCAGCGUCCGUACAAGGCCUCCAAAUCCAACAUGUUCUUCAUGGUCAUCCUGAUGUUUGCUUUCUUUCUGUCAUGCGUACCGGUUACGUGGUCUGUUGCUAGCUUGACACCGUCUAAAGGGUGUGGCCCAUUCCGUAUCUAUGACAACAUGUACGACAUCUACUCGGUAGUAUUCGCCACGUGGCCGAGCUGGUUACAGGGCGUCAUGAAUUUCCUGUCUUCGGCAGCCUUCGUCUUACCAUUGCUUCUUUUCCUUGGGUUGGUCAUAUACUAUUUCCGAGUUGUGGCCAACACUAGCAAAGACAUGGUGAAAAUGUUAAAAGAUCAGUUGGUUUUGGAAGGCCAUGACAAACAGUAUCUCAUGAGACAGCUUGGGCCCCAGACACAAGGUGGCACCAGGGGACGCACAAACCGGCCCGCUCCUGCUAAAGCGCCCUCUACACUGCCAGCACCGGAAGAGUCGAAACAACCAAUACCGUCAGAGGAUUCAUGGGCGUGAUACGUGCUGAUUGUAGUCAUCAUAAAUUCGCGCCAAUUUUUCUGUGAUAUUGACUUCGUGGCGUCAUUUCAGAAUACACAUUAUAGCCUGAUGUCAUCAGACUGUAUGAAUACUGUGACUGACAAAUGUGCUCUUUAGAUGCUGUGAAGUACAAUUUUAUACUACAUUCUCACACUGUGUUGGGGUGAGAUGAAGUUCAUCCGUCUUUUCUUCCGUCCUCUUGUUUUGUUUUUCUUUAUUUGUUUUGUGUGGGGUUUUUUUCGUUAUUUUUAUGAAAUACACAUCUGCAAUUUUAAAUGCUGCUUUAUUUUUAUUGAAAUAUUGAAAGAAAAAGUGUGAUAAAAGUGAUGUCCUUUUGUACAGAUAUGUCAUUUUGGAGCAAUGUACACCGCACUAUAACGAGUGAUCUCGGCUUUGUAAAUUGCCAUCAUAAAACUUUCUAUGACAUGUAUAUUGAGUUUUAGAUUUUGUAGUGUUUUCCAUGAAUACUUGCUUUGUUCUGGGUAGUCCAGCUACUGCAAUUCUUGUAAGAUUUAUCAAAAAAACUUCUGAGCACAUUCUGCGGGUGGGAUUUAUAUCAACUGUAUAUUUACAAUAUUGAUACAAUGACUUAAAUUUUAAAUGUAUAUGCAUUCUUUUGAUCAAUGCAGUAAUCUGUUUAUUCCAAUAUGUUUUGAUGUGAAGAUAGCUAUAUAUGAAGAAACAAUUGGACUAUAGGUAAGGCACUGGGAAUGCAAGACAAUAUCUAUAUCUUAUAAGAAACAGGUAAAUAUGGGAUAUAUACAUCUACAUGUAGGCUUGAGCCGUAUAAGGUGUGGUUGCAUGGUUUCUGAUUUCAUAUACGUAUAUAGCCUGCCUCUGUAUGUAUAUUUAUUUAAAUCUCCGAAUUUUUUCUUGCACUUUAACAUUAUUUCUGAUUUAUUAUUUUUUUACUAUUUUUAUAAAUUUUGCUUUACUUGAUGUGUAUGCAACAAUGAAUCCGUUAACCUAUAUUCACUGCAUGUAUUCGUGUAGUAACACAAGGGCAAUGAUGAUUCACUGUUCCAGUGUGCAAGUGGACUACACUGUGUCCUGCUCCAUAGAUGAUGUGUUGUAUGUGGGGAAGGAAGACAAUGACGCUGUUUUUGUUAUCUCAUUUGUUCAAUGUUAUACAACUCACUUAUACAGCCUACGGUCAGUGACCACGUUCGCAAAAGUGAAAGAAACUGAAGCAGGAAAUGUAAAUGUAGGAAGAUGUACUAUUUAAUCGUAUGCUCAUUUAUAUAUUGAUUUCAUAAACCAGAUAAGAGACAUAUAAUUUCUUACAUCAACGAAGUAUGUAAAGCUUUUCAAACUGCAAUUAAAUUGGCUUCAAUUCUUUUUAGUUCCAUAAAA